AGCAUUCCCUGUUUACUUCCGGGUUCUAAUACAGACGGGAGAACGCCAGUCCAGAAAAGGGACCUCGGGUACCUUCCUGAUCUUCAGACCCAGCGCUCCCCUCCCACUCCCCGCAGACUUUCAUCCUCGCCAUGGCUGAGCUGAUCCAAAAGAAGCUGCAGGGAGAAGUGGAGAAAUACCAACAGCUACAGAAAGACUUGAGUAAAUCCAUGUCAGGAAGGCAGAAGCUUGAGGCACAACUAACAGAAAAUAACAUCGUGAAGGAGGAGCUGGCUCUGCUGGAUGGGUCCAAUGUAGUGUUCAAACUUCUGGGUCCAGUGCUGGUCAAACAAGAGCUGGGAGAGGCUCGGGCCACAGUGGGAAAGAGGCUGGACUAUAUCACAGCUGAAAUUAAGCGAUAUGAAUCCCAGCUUCGAGACCUUGAGCGGCAGUCAGAGCAACAGAGGGAGACCCUAGCCCAGCUGCAGCAGGAGUUCCAGCGAGCCCAGGCAGCAAAGGCAGGAGCUCCUGGGAAGGCCUGACCCCCAUAGUGGGGGGAGGGGAAGGGAGGGGUGGGAAUGAGGCAGCUUUAGGGACUAUAUUAUAGUAGCUAAUAAAAUUUUUAAACACCUG